CUGGUGGUACUCUUCCCCCCCUCCUCUCGGCCUGUCCCCUCCCCCACUCGCUGGCUGCUGUGGGAAGACAGGAGCCGAGGAGGAGGCAGAGGAGGAGGGGGAAGCCGCGCAGCCACCGCCACGGACACCGGGAGCGGGGACGCCGCCGCCGGGGAGACCAGCCACCGUCUCGUUCACCCGCAGAAUUGUGGAAUGCUGUGAAGACUCUAAGUGCCCUGCAGCAUUAGGCAGAUUACUAUCUGGAUUAUCUUCAGCACAACGAAAUUCAUAUACAAGAGAGUUCUCAGUCUUCCACAAUGAAUCCUGUUUACAGCCCUGUUCAACCUGGGGCUCCCUAUGGAAACCCUAAGAACAUGGCCUAUACAGGUUAUCCAACUGGGUAUCCCACAGCUGCCCCUGCCUACAAUCCGAAUAUGUAUCCAACCAGUAGCCCUGGCUAUGCCCCAGAGUUUCAACUCCUGCAUUCAGCUAAUGCUACACUUCUGAUGAAGCAGGCCUGGCCACAGACAUCCUCCUCUUGUGCCACAGAGGGUACCUUUCACCUCCCAGUGGACACUGGGACUGAGAACAGAACUUACCAAGCUUCAUCUGCAGCAUUCAGGCAACAGUUUUCCACUACACACUUCAACUACGGUCAAUGGUACACCGCUGGGACUCCAUACAAAGUCCCACCUACCCAGAGUAACAAUGCACCACCUCCCUAUUCUCCAUCUCCAAAUCCUUACCAAACUGCUAUGUACCCCAUCAGAAGUGCCUAUCCGCAGCAGAACCUGUAUGCCCAGGGAGCUUAUUAUACACAGCCUGUGUAUGCGGCACAGCCUCACGUCAUCCAUCACACCACCGUGGUUCAGCCAAACAGCAUUCCAUCUGCUAUCUAUCCAGCCCCUGUUACUGCACCUAGGACUAAUGGUGUGGCCAUGGGAAUGGUUGCUGGGACCACCAUGGCAAUGUCAGCAGGAACCCUGUUGACCACUCCACAACACACUGCAAUUGGAGCACAUCCAGUUUCUGUGCCAACGUACAGGGCUCAAGGAGCCCCUACCUACAGCUAUGUACCUCCACACUGGUAAACGUGAUGGCCAAUCCAUAUCUGGAGUCAAACAUUGUAUGCAACUACUCAAGUCUUACAUCGGUGCUGGAGCAACUGUACCACAGCACCAAGUCUGUUUGCAAGAACAAAACAAAAAGUGCAAGGGUCACUUUAUGCAUCUUUAGUGUUUUUUGUAAAAGCUGCUUUUUCUAAUCUUCUGUCUCUGUUUUUUUCCUCUUCUCCCCCCAGUCCCACCCAAAUUGUGUAACACCACAUACUGACACUGAGCAGUAGCCAAGUUCUCUCUUUGGUCCUCUCAUUUUAAAGCUCAGAAUAUUCACUUUUCUAUGGUGCCCCGUUCAGUGGUGCAAAGAUCCCUGUUGGCUGGUUGGUUAGUUACUUUUUGUUGUUGCCAAGAGUCUGUUUUAUUUGACUAGUAAGAGCAAUUGAUGUUCAGGGUACUAUGUGAAAAGCACAGCAUUGGUAGACAAGUUUCUUCCAGUUUGGUUUCUUUUUUUGUUUGCUUAAUAUUAUACAUUAUUUAAUUUUCCAUAACACAUUACAAGAAAAUUGGUGUCUUCCAGAUAGGUGUUGUGGUAGGCUAUAAUUCAUUCUCCACAUUUAAAUACUGACCUCAUUCCUUCUUCUGUAGGAUUAAGGGAAUAUAAACCUUCUUAGCAGCAUCACACACUUGUCUUCGGAAACAGAAAGACUGUUCACCACCAGGGGUUUGUCUGCUUUUUAAAACCAUACAAUGAGAACAGAGAGAUGGAGGGGAGAUACACACUGCCAUAGGAAUUGGGUCUUGUUGGGCAAACAAGACACCCCCUGUGCCGGUCCGUAUUAAUUUCACUGUGUAACCGACAGGACGGUUCCUUUCACUUGCUAACACAGAUGUACGCUGGGCAGUUGUAAAAGGAAACAAAGGGAUUUCCAGUUGUUAGUCGUAAUAGCCUCCCCAGGGGCCAGCGAUUUGGGAAGAGAGGUGGAGAAGCUGGUGGAGAAGAGUGUUUAAGGUCGAGCUAGGGAGAAUAUAGGUCUGCUUUGCCCUGCAUCCACUCCAGGCACAGAGACACCAGUGUGAGGUUGGUGGCUAUAUCAAGACCUCUUUUUAGUUCAAACUCACUUGGGUGCAAUUUGUAUCAUGAUGUAACUUGGGUUCUAAAGCAGGUGAAAGUGUCUCCAGUCACUUUGAUUGCUAAUUGAGCUCAACUACUGUACCACUGGGCAGAUCGCAACAGUAAAUCAGGGUGCCGGUCUUGUUUCUUUUAAUACAAUUUAACUCCAUAGUAGUCCCAGGGAGAGCUUUAUCUGAAAACAGUUUCUUACAUUGUAGAGAAUAAUAGCAUUAAAAGGCAUUUGCCAGUGGAUAGGAUGAUACAGGGUGCUAGAAGUCACACUGCUUUGAACAGAAAAGAAUAGGAAAUAUGGUGACUAACAUGAAGCAAUAGCAAUAAAUUUGUUGCCUUACUAGCUAAAAGGCACUUAACUGGCGGAGAUGGGAAAAUGAGGGCAAUCAGUCAUUUAGUUUGGUUUAGAAACUAAAGGCAACAGGCUUGCACAGCCAAUGGGAUGUGAGCAAGUCACUGGUUUUUCAACCCUGAAAUUACCAAAAGGGAGAGCUGGUGUAGUCAGCCAUGUGUCGUUUCCAUUUUGUUGGCUAUUUGUGAGGUGUCUGAGUAGAGCAAUAAAGUUUUGCAGAGGGAAGGAGGCAAGAAUACAAGUAUUUAGAAAUGAUGGGGAAGGUACCUAUGACUUAUUUUUCAGUUAUUUUCCCAAAGCACAGCACACAAGACAGGGGGAGGGAGGUUGUUCUGUGUUUUGUUUUGUUUUGGUAGAGAAAACUGAUGUUGUUUUUUUUCAAGCUGUGCCAAAAGAGUUCCAGUCACCCAAAGGCGUGUCUGCAGCUCUGAUUUCUCUGGGCCUCCAGUACAUUGGUAGUGGGCCAAUCGAGAGUCAUUUUUUAAAAAAGAAUCAAAUUAACAGAAGUAUUGAUGGGGAAUAAUUUCUUGUGCAGCCAGCAGGCCUGGACUCGGUUCCCAGCCCAAAUUAAUGGUGUUGGCCAAUCAUAGUCCAUGCUAACCGCUGGACUUGGAUCAUGCAUACUGGACCUUUCCCUUUAGCUAGGGAUGACAAGAGAGUGAUUUGCAAGGGGGAACCUGUUUGGGGUUUUCCCCCAGGUAAAGAUUCUGUUCAUCUACAUGCCAGAUCCUAGAAUCUUUUUUUUUUUUUUUUUUUUUUAUUAUUAUCUAGGCUUUCAGCAGCAGAGUAAGGCUCCAAUCCAGUACAGCGCUUAAGCACAGGAGUAGUUCCAUUGAACUCUGGGACUGCUCAUGUGUUUAAAGUUAAGCCCGUGCUUAAGUACUUUCCAGUUGAGCAUCUGCAGCUCUCACUGAAGUCAGUGGGAGCGGCUGGACCUCAGCACCUGGCAGGAGCCUGGUUUUAACUGGGGUGCGUCAGGGCUGCUUUCUCUGCGGCUGGUUUUGUUGUUGGUGUUUGAUCCUGGUCUUUUCCCAGAUCAGAUGGUGUGUCAGCAACUCUAAAGCAGGAGUUUAUAUUUUUGAAGGAACUCUUUUUAAAAGAGUCGAGCUCCGAUUCUCCUUCCCUGCCCCCAAAGCAGCAAACUGGCAAAGCCGGAACACCGCCAUUUUAAUCACUUGUAUUUUUUAUUUUUAAACCAAUCGUGGGGGGGAAGCAAAAUUUCAUAAGAAUUUAUACCGUGUGGUAUUUGUGUUGCACUUUGAUUUUGUAAAAAAGAAAAAGGAAAAAUAAAAAAAUGAAAAGAAAAUAUUCAGUGUUAACCUAUGUAGAUUGCAAAGUCUGGUCUUAGGGUUAGUACUUAAAGGGGAAUGUGUGUUUUAACUGACGUAAUUACUGUACUUCAUUCUUUAACUGUUUGUAACUCACUGAAAUUAAAUUCAGGCAAAUAUCAGGGGGAUUUAAGAGCACUCAAAUACCCUUUUUGCCCUCACUAUAUUGUAGGUUUCCUAUUAAAGUGACUACAUAUCAAGGUUCAUCUGUCAGUCGUGUUUAAACAUGCUGCACUGAACAUGUACCAUAGAAUAAACGAUGCUAGUAAACUUGAUGGUACUAGAAUUUACCCAGUCUCAAGAGCUGUUAGCACACUCUGGGCUAUGUAAACUAGUAUGUUUCAAAACAAACCUCCUUCAGUAGCUAUUGUUCUACUUGUAUGUAACAUACGCCGUUAAUUCUUUAAGCAGUUAAGAUAGGAUCCCUAAAAUGUCACAAUCCCCUUUUUCGUGUCUAAAAAGAAAAUACUAAGCUUUUUAUUAAAAAGAGAGAAAACACUAAAUUUGGAUUUGAAAGCUUCAGUGUGCCUAAUUGAGCAUAGAGAAAUCAUUCUAGCUUGACAAAACUCUACGUUUGUUGUUUGUUCAAAGGACUUUUAACUUCCCCAAAUCAAAGCUCUGCAUUGCAGUGUUGACGUUUUGAAAGCAGUUUAGGCCUAAAACCGACCUAUUUUCCAUUACUACUGACUAAGGCUCUAAAGAUAAAGAGGAAAUGCCUUUGUUAAGGAGAGAGAGAGCCUGAUACGUGUUGCCAUUAAUGAGAUCGGUUGAGUGUUUUUUCUUCACUUGGAUUAAUAGCAGGUCUGUUCCAUCUGACCAUGUUAUGCAUGGGCAGAAACGUCCGUUAGCACAGUUGGAGUACAAAGAUGUAGAAUCUAUACAGCCUGGUAGGGAAUACCUUUGAUUAGCCACCACAUUGUAUAGGUGCUGCCAGGGGUUUAUUUAGGAUUUUAAGAACCUCAAACCUAAACAGUCCCACACAGGUACACAUUAUAGAGUUGUUCCUGUUGAGUUUUAUUGCUCUAUUCCAACUAGUACAUCGCAGGGCGUUGGAUUGCAGUGCCUGCUAAAGUAUGCAGUGGUUCAUAACAACCAUUUUGCCACUGAAACAGUCAUUGCUUAUAAGGAGGGACCCAGAUGUAAACACUCCUGAUGUUUAAGAAGGUUCAGAAUCCAAACCCAGGACCAAAUUUUGCAAAAGGGCCUCUGUCCCUAACGAUGGUUCCCAGCUAAAACUCUGGAUCCACUCACCCCACGAGGGUGUUCGAAAUCUGGAUCUAAAUGUUGUGGCUUGUGCCCAUUUCCAGUUCCCACAUUGACUGGCCUCUCCUGCUACCCCGCAGUUCUUUAAUACCUUUCCCUAGUCUGAGCAAGGGACCAGAGAGCUCACGUCCCCGUGCAGAUCGGCCGGGGCUGCGGAAUAGGUCACUGCAGCUGCAGGCACAGAAGACGCUUCUGAGCAGCAGAGUUUUUAGUGCAAACUUGACUUAGCUGCCGAUUGACAAAAGUCACUGCCUUUGAUUGACACAUAUUGGAAGAUGGGGGCAAGAUUAUUUGCUGAAAUAUGGUGAUAUUUGUCCCCAGCUUUAUAAGCAAUGAUUGUGGGUGCACCAGAAAGUUACAGUGUAUCAUGGAAUUAGCCUUACAAUGAAUAACUGAAAACACCUGCAAGGGGCUAAAUCCAGUUUAGCUAUUCCCUAACAUGCAGGACAAACACAGGAGCAGUUGUACCAGGCGUCAUUCUAGAGAAGAGCUAGGAGUGUAUUAGUCCCAGUAUAAUAAGGAAAUUGCAAAACAGACCUGUCACACGAUGGAUUUUCCGGGUGUCUGACAUCCAAGGUUAGGAGAGUGCCAGGAAAGGUGACUCUGCAGAAGAGUCCUUGGGUAUUUCAGAUCAUGAACAAGAGACCAAAUUCCAAAGUCGCUUUGUCCUAGCUCCCAGGACAAUAGAUUCUGCUGCGGGGGCCCCCCACCACUACUUUGCCGUUUUUUAAAUACUAUUGAUGUGCUCUUAGUUCAGUUCCCUAGUGGAGAGAGAUCCCCACGACAAAGCCACUAGCCUGCGGAGCACCAACGAAUACCUUUGCUGGCCAUCUGCUUUGGAAGAGCUGAGAGAGGCUGAGGUGUCUGUUCAUCCUUCGAGAGGGGCUCCAGAAGAAGACUCAGGCCCACUGGUGGGGAGCAGUCUAGGGGAAGCCUGCGCUGUCACUGCUGCUGCUCAGGCUGAUGGAUAAAGAGAGGUCUUAGUCUCCAGGGCUGGCACCGUCCAGCCUCAUUCAAGUUCACUUUCAAAUAAGAGAAAAGGGGCUAAAUUCCAACCAACAAAAAACCCUGUGAACUAUUUUAGUUUCAAUAAUGUUAUGGUCAGUUGUAACACUAAACCCAGCGGGCCUGAUUCCCACUUCACAUACAGUGGUGUAAAUUCACAGUUACUCCAUUAACUGCAGUGAAAUUACCCUGGAUUUAUACCUGCAACGCUGAGAUCAGAAACUGACCCGGUGCGUUCCCAUUUGAUGCUGAAAUGAGGGCCUCCCAUAGCAGGGUUGAAAGGACCCCUUCUAAGUAGUAAACCAUUUGCAGGAGGCCAAAAAAGCCCAGGGGACAUAGACCCAUACUGCAUCUUAGACAUAGGAGUUAGAUGGAUUGAGGUGGCAACCCUAAAUUCUAUUGGAGAUCAAGACAUUUCAGCUCAAUCACAGAGCAAGAUUAAGUCUGGUAACUGCCAUGAAUGCCAGUACUGACUCCAGUCCAGGUGUACCAAACCGAAUAGUACCCGUGGGGUUUUGCUGUCAAGGCCUGGAAGAUUUUUCUAUCAAGUAAAUCAAAGGAGCUUAGCUGUGGAGUGAAAUUACAGUAGGCUGAUGAUUAAUUUGCAUUUGCCUGGUCUCUGCUUGGAUGAGAACACUUCUGGUUGUUGCAGUAUCGGAUCCCAUUUGUAAACUGUUAUCCUAGAAAUAUUCCAUUGUCGUUUUUUAAAUAGAAACGUCUGGGAAAUAACAAGGCCAAGAAACAUUCCAAAGCUAGUAAAAGCAGAAGGCAGGGGGCCUCCUUCCUGCAAGCGGUCAAGUCUUCUGUAGUGGUUCUGUUCCUUCUGAGCUUGUGUUUGAUUGCUGGAAAGAGGGACCUAGUUUAAAUCAAUUAAGGAUAGAAAAGCAAGAGACCAUCCAGUAACACACAACAAUGAAGAUAUAUUUUCAGUGGAAAGGGAAGGGAGCCAGAGCUAAUGGCUGUGCAGGUGGACUGAUUGAAAUGUGUUUUCACAUGAUAUAAUCCUGUAACAAAUCCAGAGAUUAGGACAUUGGCAGUGGUUUAAUGAGAUGAUUGCAUGAAACAUUUGUGGCAGAGAAGCAAGUCCUUGCCUGCUGUAGAGUGGUCUGGUGGUCUAAUGCUUAGUGGAUCCCUUCCAGCACAUUUGAUCUGUCAUGGCUGUGGCAGUGAUCUGGAGUCUGGCUGCUGUUUCCCUGUCUUUGUGAAUUACACUUUCAUUUGGCCUGAAAGAUCCUGCCUACUGUGGUCCCUUAGAGUUUCAGAUACAGUCAUUAUAUGUCCACCUUGCAGGGAAAAAGGAGGCAUCAUGGGCCACUGAAUCUCGGUCUUUACUGAGUCUCAACUUAGGUGAAGCUCUCACUGAAGUCAGUGCCUGAUGAGGGACUGCAGGGUAGGCUCUGUGGGUGGGAUUCUGGUAUAGGACAGAAAUUUAACAUAGAAGCCCAGAUACCUUCACUCACAAUGAGAAUUGCCUUAUUCCUUGAAUAGUCCCACUGAAAUCAGUGGGACUAAUUGAUAAGAAAGGCGCUACUCGGCAUGAGUCAGGAUCCGAAAAUCUGGCCCAUGUGUGAGUUAACUGCAGUAAUUGGGAUCCAAUAUUUAACACGCGGAAUCUUUGCUGGAGCUCUGCUUAUAUAGAUUUCAUUUUGAUUGAAAGCAGUUGAGUGGAGGGACAAGGGGGCCAAAGGGCUAUGGAAUUGCAUCUGAUUAACUGGGAAGAGGGUUGUCGUUGGACCGGUGCAGAAGGGGUUAAAAUGCAUUCACAUUUUGUGGUGAUGUGUUACCUCUGUUGUGAUUGUUUUUCUCACCUUUAAAGGAUACCUUGUAAAUUAUAUGGUGAUUAAAAUCCCACGGAAACGGUGGCGAGAUGAAAGCAUUGUAAUGAAAAUAACUAUCAAAGCUACAGUUAUGUCCAUUAACCAGUCCCUUAUAUACCUUUGCUUUAAGACAUGUACUGUAAUGCAAGACUUGAAAAAAUGCAUAUUAAUAGUUGUGCUGGCCCAAAUCAAUGUCAAAGAACCUUGGAGCACAUACAGAAUGUGAUUCCAAGAGACUCAGCUGUGUGUACGAGUAUUUGCUCCUGUAUUUUAUGAACAAUAAUAACCUAGUAAAUCUUUUGGCAGUUCUGAUCUGUAAUUUAAGCGCUUUUUACCAUACGUGUUAUUUAAGUUUUUGUUUUAAUGAUUGAUGUUUAUUAUUCUUAACUAGAGGAACUUUAUGGUUGAACUGAAGUUGGAUGCUUCUUUGAGCUACAGGGAGCAUUUCAGAACACAAGUCUGUGGGCUUUCAUUUCAAACGGGAGUAUGCAACAUUUCCUAGAGUGCUAGGCAAAAACUAAGUGACCAGGACACAAUCAUCCCAAUUAAAAUGUCCAUUCCCAAGUCUAUAUUUUCCUCACCCCUCCCUUCCCAUAUAGCUAUCCCUGCUGUACAGUAAGCCAGGCUGCGUCUGUUAAAGGUGUUGGUUGAUUUCAGUGGCAAGAGCAGCCAAGUGGCAGAGAAUGUGUGAUGUGUAUAGCAUGUAUCUCACAUACCCUCUUGCAUUAAAGGAGAAAUCCCCCUGAAACACACAAAACAGGGCCCCAAUCCUGCCAACAGCUCCACGCAACAAGCCCCUUUGUCUUCACAGGGGCUCCAAAGCACCUGGGUCUGCCCCAGCACAGCUGCUUGCAAGAUGAGGGCCCAAGACAGAAACGGUGUCAGAUCUGUUUUAUGUUGUAAGGUUCACAUUGAUCUAGAGUCCAGACAACAUGUUAAACAUUUCCCUAUAGACAACUGACUUCUUGACUUCUGCAAUUCCCUAGGACUCAUUUAAGAAAAAUCUUCUAGGGACUUUGGAUUACGUAUUCCAAUAUUUUAGUGCUACAUGGACAUUGUUAGUCAGAGAAACCUAGGAGAAGAUGAAAUCUGGCCAUGCUGUUUUAGAAAGGAAAACCAAGCUGAAAACACAUUUUAUUUUUGUUUUUUAAAGAACUCAACCAGCUUAAAAUAGCAAUAAGAACCAUCGAGCAUUCUGUAAAUCCAGUUUUCUUUUAUUUAAAAUAUUUUCAGUCCAAGUGAGCUCUUCAUUUCAGUUCAUAUGCUCAGUCACAGAGUUGUAAGAAAUGUUUAGACCCUACCUUGCCUUAGGGAGCAGUCUUUUAAAUUCACGCAAAUUGUGUUUCCUGACUGUUUAUUUCUCCCUAAGAUAAUUGCACUUCGUUUGGAGAGAAACCAUUAGAUGGGACCAUUUUGAUGUUAACCUCUAAGGGCCACAUUAACAUUCCUGAAAUGAGUUGGGAUUGUGUCCAUUCUCCCUUAGUUUCCUUGGGGCUCUGCUCCCGCAAACUCUUAAACACUUAGACCCACUUUGCUUGCGUGAGCAGUUCCAUUUCGCUCCUUUGGACUCACCCCCGAGUAACGUGACUCGCCUGCUGGAGGGUGUGCGGGAUCAGACUCUCAGGUUGGAUGUUUCCUGUGCCAUGUGCUAUUGAAUCGGAUUUUUAAAGAAACGGCUCGUUUUCUUCAGCAGAGAUUGUUUGCGGGAGGGGGGGCAUUUGAAGAGGCAUCUUCUGAUUGACAUUCAUGUGGGAUCGCUUAGAUUCAUUGGUAAUCAGGUAAUAAUCUGUUAUGAGGAUUAUCUCUACGUCUAUGAAAAGUGGGAGCGUCAAACUAUACAGUAUAAUUACAGCUUUUCCCUCUUGAUAAUGGUAAAUUGCCGAGUUUUUUUAAAAAUCAUUAUGUAACAUUUCAACCCACAAUAUUUCUUCCUCUUUAUAUUUCAAGAGGUUAUAGAAUUCCAUCACCCCCACCCACUCUGACCACCCACUCCCCUCACAGAUCAUGACUUUUCCUUUACUAUGACUAUUAAACCACGCUUGUGUACUAGUCCCCUUGGGUCCAGUCCUGUGCUAUGGUGAGUGCCUCCUAUUCCAUGGCCCUGCAGCAAACCAUCCUGGUUUAGCAAAGUGCUUAAGCAUGUGCUGAACUUUAAGCACAUGCUUAAAUCUUUUUCACUUUAAUUGGAUUUGGGCAUGUGCUCCAGUGCUUUGCUGAAUUAGGAAUUGGCUCAAGUGUUUUGCCAAACUUGGGUAACUGGGGACUUAGUGCUUGGUAGAAUCAGGAUCUCUGAUAGAUCAAUUCACAAAGAUAACUGCUGUCAUCAAACAUGGUGAGGAAUAGAAGUGGAUGCAUUUUCUAUUACUGAUGGCAGCCAGCCUUAAACUUGGAUGGCUCAAGUUGUCUCUGAUUAGUACAUACUUUGUCUCCCCUCCUCCUACCCCCGUUUGUAUCAUGUUCACUUACAAGCAGGACAGAAUUCUGCACACUUUUUGCCAUGACAUUUGCGACCUAAACAUGACUGCCGAUAUAAUCCAUGCCAAUAUCCAGGAAUUGUUUAGAUUUCAUAGCACAUAACAGAGAAAUAUUGCUCUCAGAGUGUGUAUUCUUUUUUUUUGUUGUUGUUUUCUGGAUUUUUUUAUGAUUUUUUAAUUAAUUUUGAACAACAGUACAGCUUGGAUUACCUAGUUUUUAAAUUUUAUUGGAACUCUUAAGCAAAAAAUGAAAAAAGAAAAAAAAAGAAAGAAAGAAAAGUUGAAAAAAAAAAGUAAACAAGUCUUCCAAGUUUAAAUCAAAGGACUCAAUGGUGUGUAAGAAACACAGCCUUGAGUUUAAGCAUUGGAAAGCCCCACAGCCGCAGCUUGUGAAUAUGAAGUGUAAAUCUGUUUUGGGUUAUUUUUUUUGUUUUGUUUUGUUCUGAAGAUCAAUUAGUGAUCUCCCUGACAGAUUUAAGCCAAGAGUUUGUAACUGUAUGAUAUUUACUGUAAGAUGUAGAACAUUCGAUAACUAUUAAAAUGUUUCCAAAAAAAUU